GUGGAACUGGCUAGUUGGCCUGGAAUUUUCUCUCGCUCUCUGUUUUGGCUGUAGAGAUUUGAUUGAAGGAUAGAAUGGGAAGGCAGCCAUGUUGUGAUAAGGUGGGGCUGAAGAAGGGGCCGUGGACAACUGAGGAGGACAAGAAGUUGAUCGACUUCAUCCUCACCAAUGGCCAAUGCUGUUGGAGAGCUGUCCCAAAACUAGCAGGUUUAUUGAGGUGUGGAAAGAGUUGCAGGUUAAGAUGGACCAACUACCUGAGACCUGAUCUGAAGAGGGGCUUGCUAUCGGAGUCUGAGGAGAAAUUGGUCAUUGAACUCCAUUCUCGUCUUGGAAACAAAUGGUCUAAGAUUGCAUCUCACCUCCCUGGUAGAACUGACAAUGAGAUAAAGAAUCAUUGGAACACCCACAUUAAGAAGAAGCUGAGGAAGAUGGGAAUUGAUCCCAUCACUCACAGGCCCAUCUCUUCUACUGAUGAACACCACCACCAAACAGGGCAGCAGCAGCAGCAAGAACAAGUAGGUGUCGUAGCUGGUGAAGACAAGAGAAGUGAGAACAUAAUCCUGCAGUGCUCGCAGAGCCAAGAAGAAGAGAAGAGCGUGUCGGUGUCGAGUUCAUUUGAUUUCAUAGAGACUGACACGUUUCUUCAGAAAUCCCCUGGUUUUUGUACUGAUGAAGUGCCCAUGAUUCAACCGCAUGAGAUUAUAGUACCAUGUGCUUCUACUGCCUCCUAUUCCUCUACUUCCUUACCAUCAUCAUGCCUUUCGUCUAGUCCAUCAGUGAAAGCUGAAGAGAUCCAAUUUCCUUGCAUGGAGUGGCCAGAUCCCAUGUACUUCUAUGGAAUGGAUGACUUCAGUCAAUGGGAUCCCAUCCCUAAUAAUGGAGAUGGGGAACUAGCUUUUGAUCCUUUAAACCAGCUGUAUCAAAGAACUGCCGGGGAUCAAGAAUCAUGGAACUAGAAGCUGUUCCGAUUGCUUAUUCCAUGGUUUUGUAAUUAGUGUACACAAAUGAAAUAAAAGGGAAGAAUGUACUCGAUCUCAGUUUUCUUUGGAAGCUUCUUUGUUCAAUUCGAUAGCUGAAAAAAUAAUUAAAUAGAGAGGCUCUAGUUUUUUUUCUCUUUUCUUCUUUUUUUCUUCUCUUUCUUUUACCUUGUUCUGAACGGAGUACAUGAAACGUUCAGAAUAAGGAGAAGGAAAUAAACCGUAAGAUCUGUCUAUUUGUAAAUUUAUGUCUACGUAGCUUCAUCAACUUUGUUACACGCAAAGAGAAGAA